CACCGACUUAAGUUUUAAAUAAGAAAUAUAAAUACUUACGGCCCAUUACCACUAACAAAAGCCCAAUGGGUUGGGCUCUAAUUCUACACUUGUAUGCUUUCCUGAUCUCCACGCAAAGACAACCUUCUACCAACACCACCGGCGCCCGUCGGGGAACCACUGUGCUCCUCCAGAUGGAUGUACUCUUCAAUUCAAUCGACGUCCGGGAUUUGUUAUCGUCACAUGAUCUAGACGACUCUUCACCGCUCUCCGCCCCCGAUCUCCGCCUCCUCAUCGACCGUCUCCAAGUCCGUUCACUCGACAUUAAGUCCAAAGUCCACAAUUACAUACUUGCUAACAAUGAUGACUUCUCUGCCCUAUUCUCUCGCUGCUCCGACGCUGUUAUUAAUUCUGAGCAACUAUCCGAUCAAGUAUCUAACCUUGUUGGUCUGUUAUCAUCGAAUCUUCAACCGAUCGAUCUGAAAAUCAAAGAAACAGUCGAUGAGAUUAGGAGGAAACGUGUUGAAUCGAAAGAGAAGAAGGAAGCGCUAGAUUUAGUUAAGGUAGUGUUGAAAUUGAGCCAACAGUUGAGUGUUGUGGAGAGUGAUUUGAUGGCGGGAAAGGUCGUUGAGGCUGCAGAGGCUCUUACGGACUUGAAAGUGGCUUUACGAGUUAGAGAUAAUGUGGAGGAUCUCAGGGAAGAAAGAGAGCCAUUAGUAUUUGGUUUGUUAAGGAAGAAAUGGACAGAUUGCUUCGAAGAGAUACAAAAUGUGCUAGUGAAGUUCAUGGAGAAUGCAGUGAGAUUCGAUCAGCAGUCCAAUGCAGUUUAUGUCAAAAAUAGAAUGGCUAUGAAUGACAAUCAAGGGGUUGAGCUUUGUACUGUUGUGAAAGCAAUGCAUGUAGUUGGUAUUCUAGAUUAUGGGCUUGCAAAAGUAGCAGACAUGAUGACCAGGCAUGUGAUAGCACCUGCAGUGCGCUCUGGUUCUCAUAGUUUCUCUGUAGAAGAAAAAAGACUAGAUUCAGGAUAUAUAGCUGAGGUAGUUUUGAGAAUAACCCCACCUUCUGAUUCUCAGAUUGAGAACAUGGAUGCUGAAACUAUCUAUUCUGGAAUUAAUGUUGUGAUUCAAUUCAUUUUCAACUUUAUCUGCUUUCAAGAUUCUUCCUGGAUGCGAUACUUUGGAAGAUUAACAUGGCCCCGAAUGUCAGAAUUGAUUAUCUCUAAUUUCCUUUCCAAGAUUGUUCCCACUGAUGCUUCCAAACUUGCUGACUUUCAAACAACAAGACAACUCACAUCUGACUUUGAGGCAUCUCUUAAACAAGUUAUGUUCAUCUCCCCUGGGAAAGAUGAAAGGUUGACUAAUUUUGCUGACAAUGUUGAAGUUCACUUUGCAAUGAGGAAAAAGGUUGAGAUUUUAGCAUCAGCAAGAGACCUCCUUCUACAUUCAGAUUUUAAUCUUCCUAAAGACUAUUCAAGGAAAAAUACAGAGCUUAAAAAUGGUGGAAACACAGACUUACUUUUUUCCUCUGAAAAAUGUGUCAUUUCUGAAGCAGCUUCUCGUCUAAUGGAAGUUGUCCAUGAAACACUAAAGGAUGUUUGUUUAUCAUCUGCAACAGUGGCUUUAGAAUUCUACCAUGCUGCUAGGGAUGCUCUACUUCUUUAUGAAGCUGUUAUUCCAGUCAAGUUAGAAAGACAGCUGGAUGGAAUCAACCAGGUUGCUGUUCUUAUUCAUAAUGAUUGUCUUUACCUUUCACAAGAGAUUCUUGGCCUUGCUUUUGAGUAUAAGUCGGAUUUCCCAAUUUCCAUGAAGGGAGCUGUGUUUAUUGAUUUGGGUGUAAGAUACAAGAUUAUGGCAGAAGAGAUAUUACAGAGACAGAUACAGCUUGUUAAACAUAAUUUAAUGGAGGCGAUUGAUGGGGCUGAUGGAUUUCAAAAUACGCAUCAACCAAAAAGAUGUGAAUCUGCAAAAUUUAGUAUUGAUCAGGUGGCUUUUAUACUGGAGAAAGUUCACAUAAUAUGGGAGCCACUUUUGCUUCCUUUGACAUACAAAGGAAGUAUGUGUAGUGUUGUGGAGGCUGUUUGUUCUAGAAUGACAAAAGAUAUACUCAUGUUAGAUGACAUUGCAGCUGAAGAAACCUUACAGCUUCAAAGGUUGAUUCAUAUGCUGCUGGAAAACCUUUCUUCUUUAAUGGAAUCCUUGAUUGCCAUCAAUCAAACAACAAAGCCACAAGAGAAGUCAUCAGGCUCUGUUAAUGAUCUAAUUCCAUCACUCCCUAGACUACGGAUAUUAGCAGAUAUGUUGGACAUGCCUUUGAAGUCCAUUACUGCAUCAUGGGAAAGUGGUGAGCUGGCAAAGUGUGGCUAUACUUCAUCUGAGAUGAGGGACUUUAUCAGAGCGAUAUUUACCGAUUCCCCCCUACGGAAAGAAUGCUUGUGGAGAAUUGAAAAUAUCACAUUUUAGUUUUUUUUUUUUUUUUGCUCCAUUGUAUAUACCCCUC